GCAACGUAGAACGCCACGCCGAAUCGGCCAAUCACGAAUAAGUUCCGAUCACUUCGGUUGAAGUCGGCUUAUUUCGGUUCCGACGUCAUCGGUACCUGCAGUAACGUAUCGUUCUACCGCGAAAAUCAGGAUAUGCACACCGAUCUCGGCGAGUGGCGCCGUUGGAGGGGGGCCGUCAACUAUGGCCGGCGCAGAAGGCAGGCCACGAAAGAAAUGUGGCACCGCAUUUCGCUUAGUACGGACUUAGACUGCUCUAAGUGGCGGUCGUGUACGCCGGUGUCUGAUCACGACAACGACGACGACAACGACGACGUCGUCGUUUCAGAACGCGUGACAGAGAGACUACCAGACUUUAACGAGAAUUUCCAGCUGCCUCUGCUGGACUGUGGAACACUCUCGUUCUCUCACGUCGCCUACGCCUUCUUGCGUAAACCGGAUGUUCGUCAUUGCCGCGCUUAUACGAAUUCGGUAGUCGUGGCGAAUUUCUUCGAGCGCAAUGUGAAUAUUCGAACGAGAUCUAACUGUGUCAAGUGACAACGAUCGUGACAGUGACAUUAAAGUGUGCGUA